AUGGAUCAUCAUAAACAUGAACGAUCAAGUCAUCGAACUUCAUUUUUUGAUCGAUUGUGGAUUGUUUCACCAUCAUCAUCGUCUUCAUCUCUUCUAUCAGCACGAUUUAUUGGAUUAUGUUUUCUAGUUUUCGUUUAUUAUAUAGGCUAUGCAUAUUUACAAGAAUUAAUGUUUACAUUAAAAGGAUUUGAUAAUACUGCUUGGUUUUUAACAUGUUACCAAUUUUUUGUCUAUAGUAUUCUUUCUUUUAUUCAUUUGGGUUUUGCUGGUCUCGAUCAACGACGUGCAAGUUAUCGUUCAUAUAUUCUACUUGCUCUUUUAACAGUAACUACAAUGGGUUUAUCAAAUUAUGCUGUUGUUUAUUUAAAUUAUCCUACACAAGUUAUGUUCAAAUGUUGUAAACUUAUACCCGUUCUUAUUGGUGGUAUUCUUAUACAAAAAAAAAAAUUUAAUCGUUAUGAUAUUGCUGCUGCUGUUUGUAUGUCAACUGGAUUGAUAUUUUUUACUUUAGCUGAUUCAAAAGUUCAUCCAAAAUUUAAUUUUUACGGUGUAAUUAUUAUUUGUUCAGCACUUGUUGCUGAUGCAGCAAUUGGAAAUUAUCAAGAAAAAAUUAUGAAAGAACAUCAUGUUUCUAAUGUUGAAAUCGUAUUUUAUAGUUUUAUGUUUGGUUUUGGAUUUGUUUUAUCUGGUCUUUUGAUAACAAAUAAUUUUUUUCCAAGUAUAGAAUUUUGGAAUAAGCAUCCAGGACCAACUUAUGGUUAUGGUUUAAUUUUUUCCGUAGUUGGUUAUUUAGGUAUCGAUAUUGUUUUAACUUUAAUCAAAGAAUACGGUGCAUUAAUCUGUGUUACUGUGACAACAUGUCGAAAAGCAAUAACAAUUGUUUUAUCAUUUACACUAUUUUCAAAACCAUUUGUUUUUGAUUAUAUUUGGUCUGGUUUAAUUGUUAUUGUGGGUAUUUAUCUCAAUGUUUACAGUCGUAAUCAAACAGUAUUUAAUGCAAAAAUAGUUUCAUUAGCUCAUUAUUUAUUUAAUUUUCGUUGGUGGCCAAAUAUUUUAACACCAUCUACGAGUCAAACAUUGCCUCUUUGA